GGUGCGAGCAGAGCUGCGGGCCAGCGAGCGAGCAGGGAGGCCGGCCGUGGGGGAGUGCGCAAUCGGGGGCGACGCUCGCCUGCAGGAGGUGAAAGUAAGCCUUAAAAAGACAAGAUGGAUCUUCACGUGCUGAACAUGUUCGUCAUAGCUGGAGGGACUUUGGCCAUCCCCAUCCUAGCCUUCGUGGCUUCAUUUCUCCUGUGGCCCUCAGCGCUGAUCAGAAUCUACUAUUGGUACUGGCGUCGGACCCUGGGCUUGCAGGUUCGCUACGUCACCCAUAAUGACUACCAGUUCUGCUAUUCCUGCCGGGGCAGGCCUGGAACCAAACCUUCCCUUCUGAUGCUGCACGGCUUCUCUGCCCAUAAAGACAUGUGGCUUAAUGUAGUCAAGUUCCUCCCAAAGAACCUUCAUUUGGUCUGUGUCGACAUGCCCGGCCACGAGGGUACCACUCGAUCCUCCUUAGACGACUUGUCCAUCGAUGGACAAGUGAAAAGGAUACACCAGUUUGUGGAAAGCAUCAAGCUAAACAAGAAGCCUUUCCACCUGGUGGGUACUUCUAUGGGGGGCCAUGUUGCAGGGGUGUAUGCUGCCUAUUAUCCAUCAGAUGUCUGCAGUCUGACGCUGGUGUGUCCUGCGGGCUUGCACAUUACCACUGAGAACGCCUUUGUGCAGCACCUCAAGAUGCUGCACGAAAUGUCUGCUGUGGAUAAGAUCCCCUUAAUCCCGUCAACCCCAGAAGAAAUGGCCAACAUGCUGAAGCUGUGCUCCUAUGUCCGGUUCAAAGUGCCGCAUCAGCUUCUACAGGGACUUGUUGACGUUCGAAUUCCACAUAACGAUUUCUACCGGAAGUUGUUUUUGGAAAUCGUAAGUGAAAAGUCAAGAUACUCACUCCAAGAAAACAUGGAGAAGAUCCAAGUCCCAACACAGAUCAUCUGGGGGAAGCAAGAUCAGGUCCUGGAUGUGUCGGGAGCCGACUUGUUGGCCAAGGGAAUCUCCAACUGUCAGGUGGAACUUUUGGAAAACUGUGGUCACUCUGUGGUGAUGGAGCGGCCCCGAAAGACGGCCAAGCUCAUUGUGGAGUUCUUAUCUUCCCUGUACAGUGCAGCCAACAACAAGAAGCAGGACUGAGCUUUCUUUGGGAUCCAGCCCCUCCUUAGGAUCUGCUCCAGUUUCAGAAAUCCGACCCUCUGUUCACUUCUCAGGGAUCCUGUACCCAGCACGCAGGUGAAGUGCCAAAGUCCCUGUGGAAACCAGAAUCAUGAUCUCUUUCUAAAUUGUUAGCACUAUGGCGCUCUGCUUCCAUAAGGGACCAGAGACCGUCUAAUUUUUUUUUUUCAAAGUCACAAAUCAGGUGGAAUAAAAGAAAUCGAGCCAUGAAAUAGACAGAGGUCUUUAUGUUCAUCCAGGUGAUGAUGCAGGGACAGUUUUGUGACAGCUGACCCAUAGUAGACUGUAACCUUCAAGUCCAUAUCAAGCCCAAGAGACCUUCCUUCCUGACUGAGACAUUACGGUAUUUCUGUUAGAACCUUUCACCUUGCAUGAUAACCCGCUGUGGUAGGAGACCUUCUCAGUGAAACACUUACUCUUGCUUGUAUCUAAUUUAUCGAAGCUGUAUGUGGAGACUUAGACACGAGAGCCAUUUAUGAGCUGAAGCCCCGGGACUUUCUAACCUAAAAUGUUUACAAUGGCUGGAGAGGAGAGAGAGGUAGUAAGCUUGGGAUCAGCUCUAACGGUGCUUGUCUUGGCGGUGGGCACAGGUCAGCAGCUGAGAACAGACGGGUUGGAGGGUAAUGAAAAACCGGUUGCCAGACAUGUCCCUGGAAUCAUUCAUUUUUAAAGAAUUGGGGCCUAAUCAGCAAACUAAGCAAUAACACUCUAGGUGAUGAUGUGAAUGAUCAAAUUAAGGUUCCAUCUUACACAAACAAGUGACUUGCUUCCUUCCUAUUAACCCAUGCUGCUGAAAAUCCUUGGAUGUCAAUAAUGCAUUUAUAUUACUGAAUUCUAUGAAUUCUCUGCACAGUCAUGGAAUUGAUGACAAGGGUAACAGCCAUAAGAUUUUCCUGAAAUGACAUAAAGUAAAUCUGAAUUCAAUCAGGACCACAUAGGUGAUUCUAUUUUCAAACUCCUAAGUGAGCUCAUGUGUUUGUUAAAUUGGGGGCAAUGAGUAUGUUUAUAGAAAAGGUGGGUGGCCAGUCUGGGUGAUUUCUAAGUCUUAUUUUGUAUCUUGUUUGUAAUUUGUAGCUGACUGAUAUGAUCUGUCUGGAGUAAAGAACAAGCCUGGUCAAACUGUU